UAUUGCUUAUGUGAACAGCCAGAUACGAGUCAAAUAACUGAGUAAUCUUCAAAACAUGGAUGCUAUAUUUAAAUUAUUUUGUUAUCGAAAAUUCAGUAGGGUCUAAGGGCGUGUUAAAUACUGUAUAUCACGUUAAUUAUCACAGCUAGGCGCAUUAGCUGCGUUAGCUGUUUUAACGUGCGUGAUCAGAUUAUGUUUCUUUUCACUGACGUUUCAUUCAAGUAAUGUUUCAUUUGGUCAAAAUGCAUUUAUUUAGCAAAUUUCUUUAAUUUAAUAAGCAUGCAUACAAAGAUAUGCUGAUUGUGUUUCAUACACGCUUACAUAGGAAGAAGAGAGCAGCCUCAAGACUACCGCUAUGGCCAUAACUUUGAUCAGUACUCUGGACUCGGUGAUUUUAGCUAAAAUGACCAGCUCGCAGUACCUGUGAGUCCUCAAGCCUAGUGUCUCAAGAUCAUUUUGAUCUUUCAGAAGAUCGCUCCGCAUAAAUGUCCAACUUCUAAUUGUACCACCUAAUCUCAGAGAAGCAGCACAAUGAGUGACUCAAACCGCAAAGAAAAGGAUGCCUUCAACAGUCUGUCUAAUAGAGAUACAAUUGAACUGCCAGAUGACCUUUCUCUGAGCGACUCUGACUCUGAUGAGCCCACUGAGCAUUUCAGCAGAAAAGUGGAAGACUUGUCAUCAUCCUCAGAGGAUGAAGACCAAACUCGGCAGCAAGUCCAGUCUGUUCCUCAAGAAAAUCCCAUCUUCAGACUGACAGGUGGGAGCUCUGGUUUCUGUGAUCGGAGCAGGGACAUCUUUGCACAGUUAGACAGUGCUGCAAAGCUCACAUCUAAAGAUCUAGGCGAAGACAACAUCCUUGAUGGCACGUUUGCCCGUCCUGCUCCUCCAUCACCUCCACGGGAAGCUCAGAGAAAGUGUGUUGGCCAAGAGAUAACCAAAAAACAACCUCCGAGUAAAAAACUCCCAGACUACCUUGCACACCCUGAGCGCUGGACCCACUACAGUCUUGAAGACACAGCUGACACCAGUGAUAGAAAGAAUAGUCAGAUCGCUCAUCAGUUUAUACAAGGUCUUCAAGAGAGCAGGAGGUCUCAGAAAGAUGUACUUGAGGAGUUCACGCCAGCGUUCAACCAGGAUUAUGGCAGCACCAGUGAGAAUAAGAUUGUGUUCAAUAAACCCAAGAUUAAAGAUCCGAGUGGGAGCAAACUUGAUCAUGCUAAGAAGGACGAAGUUGAACUUCAACACUUGGAUGACAGACAGGAGACUGAUGAAGGAGAGGACGGUCCUCUUCAUCAUCGCUUCAGCUCAAGGGAGAAUAAAGAGAAAAAAAGAAAGUGGGGGACUGAAAAAGAGGAAGACAAAAAGGUGUCCAGUGCUGCCUUCAACAGUAGCAAGAAAGUAAAUCGCAAACACUUCCGUAAAACACUUGAAGAUGAUGAAGGUGGCCCCGAGUGAGCACUGUGUACAUAAAUACUUUAAACUACUGUUUUAAUGUUUAUGUACUUAAAAUGUACUGUUUUGUAUAAAGGUGUUUCACUUUCCACGUAUCUUAGUUGUGGUUGUAUAAUGAAAAGCUCUUGCCGUCAUACUGUACAGGCUACUUCUUAAAGGAUAGUAAUAACCCACAUAUCUAUAGAAUGAAAACCUAUCGGUGUUUUAGUGUAUGUACUAUUAUUCUGAGGUACUGUUGAACUUUGACCGCUUUUCAUGAAUAAAUUUGACUCAGUUAUGUACUUUGAGAUCACCUUUAA